AUGCUCCAGUAGUUUCCCCCGCUCCAUUCCCAGGCAUCGCUUUGCUUUCCUUCGGGGGAAGAUCGUUCUGCUCGUGAUCCUGCUGAGGAAAGAGACUCCGAUGGACUUACACCGGGCAGCGUUCAAGAUGGAGAACUCACCCUAUCUCCCCAACCCGCUGGCCUCCCCAGCACUGAUGGUUCUUGCCUCCACCGCUGAAGCCAGCCGUGACGCUUCCAUUCCCUGCCAGCAGCCGAGGCCUUUUGGAGUCCCCGUGUCAGCAGAUAAGGACGUGCAUAUUCCCUUUACCAAUGGCUCAUAUACUUUUGCCUCCAUGUACCACCGUCAAGGCGGGGUGCCGGGAGCGUUUGCGAACCGUGACUUUCCUCCAUCCUUGCUUCACCUCCACCCCCAGUUUGCACCCCCCAACCUGGACUGCACCCCGAUCAGUAUGUUGAACCACAGCGGCGUCGGGGCUUUCCGCCCCUUUGCAUCCACUGAGGACCGGGAGAGCUACCAGUCAGCCUUUACGCCAGCCAAGCGCCUCAAGAACUGCCACGACACUGACUCACCCCAUCUGCGCUUCUCGGACACUGAUGGGAAGGAGUACGAGUUUGGCACACAGCUCCCUUCCAGCUCCCCCGGCUCCCUCAAAGUUGAUGAUACGGGGAAGAAGAUCUUUGCAGUUUCUGGCCUCAUUUCUGACCGUGAGACUUCAUCCAGUCCCGAAGACCGAAGUGACAGAUGCAAAAAGAAAGCAACUUUGUUUGACAGCCAGGCUCCAAUCUGCCCCAUCUGCCAGGUUCUCCUUCGCCCCGGGGAGCUGCAGGAGCACAUGGAACAGGAGCUGGAGAAGCUCACCCAGCUGAACAUCAGCAAGAGCUCCAUCCUGAAGGAUGCCAUGGCAGCGGGCACCCCCAAGUCAAUUUUGUUGUCGGCCUCAAUCAAGCGGGAAGGAGACUCUCCGACAGCGUCACCCCACUCCUCAGAUGACAUCCAUCACUCGGACAGAUACCAGACCUUCCUGCGGGUGCGAGCAAACCGGCAGACCCGGCUGAACGCUCGGAUUGGAAAAAUGAAACGGAGGAAGCAAGACGAAGGGCAGGUAUGUCCCCUCUGCAGCCGACCUCUGUCAGGAUCCGAGGAGGAGAUGAGUAGGCAUGUGGAACAAUGCCUUGCAAAGAGAGAAGGUUCAUGCAUGACUGAGGAUGACUCUGUGGACAUCGAGAACGAGAACGGGAACCGCUUUGAAGAGUACGAGUGGUGCGGGCAGAAGAGGAUACGGGCCACUACCCUCCUGGAGGGAGGAUUCCGAGGUUCUGGGUUUAUCAUGUGCAGUGGCAAGGAGAAUCCAGACAGCGACGCUGACCUGGAUGUGGAUGGAGACGACACACUUGAAUACGGGAAACCACAGUACACAGAGGCAGACGUUAUCCCUUGCACUGGAGAAGAGCCAGGUGAAGCCAAAGAAAGGGAGGCGCUCCGAGGUGCUGUUUUAAAUGGUGGCACACCCAGUACUCGAAUAACACCGGAGUUUUCUAAAUGGGCCAGCGACGCAGAAAUGCCCUCGACGAGUAAUGGUGAAAGCAGUAAACAGGAGACCAUGCAGAAGACCUGUAAGAACAGUGACAUUGAAAACCGUGCUGCCUGCAUAAUAGCAAACCUGGACACAAGGCUGUUUAAAAUUACAGAAGACUCUGCAGUGACAACAUUUGAAGCGUUAAAGGCUCGUGUCCGUGAGUUAGAAAGGCAGCUUUCCCGUGGGGACCGCUAUAAAUGUCUCAUUUGCAUGGACUCCUACACAAUGCCCCUGACUUCCAUUCAGUGCUGGCAUGUGCACUGUGAAGAAUGCUGGCUGCGGACUCUGGGUGCCAAGAAGCUCUGUCCCCAGUGCAACACCAUCACAUCUCCUGGAGACCUUCGGCGCAUCUACUUAUGAAGGACCCGGCGGUGGGGCGGGACCCAGCGAUCGGCUCAGCUCAUCACACCCAGGGGGAGAAGAACGACCGCAACAAAAAAAAAGACGUUUUAAAAUUUAAAGAGAAAAAAGAAAAAAAAAACAACAAACCAGAGACUCCAGACAUGGACUCGAGGAUACAGGAGCAGUGGGGAGCCUCGGCUGCCAGGUCCCGCAAGUUGAGACCUCCUUCAGCAUCUGCAGCGGGCAAAACCAAACCCUUUGUUGUGAAGCCCCCUUUUUUAAAACCAGUGUUCCCCAUCACCCGUUCCCUGGAGCUGGCUUUGCAUUGUGGAUGGCUCGUGAGCCAUCCUUUGGACUGUGUUGUUGACCACUCUGCCCCCAGGAGACUGGGGAAGGGACCCUUGACAGAAAGAUGUUAAAUAACCUGUAACUUGUGUUCUUUGUUCAGUUUUGUUUUUGUUUUGUUUUUAUUUGUUUUGGUUUGGUUUUUGGUUUGGUUCUGUUUUGGUUUUUUGUGGUGUUCUAGUGAUAACAAAAAGGUUUAAAGAAAAAAAAAAACACACCCAGACAGAAAUGAAGCACAUGUAAUAUAGAUUAUAUAUGUUUACAAUGUUGUGUAUAAAUGGGAUAGACUCAAACAUUACAUACUAAUAAGUUUCCCUUUCUUUUCUUUGGGUUGUAUUUUUUUUAAAGAAGAAAAAAAAAAUGAGCAGAGAACAUUAAACCCAUAUUUUUCUUGGUUCAGCAAAGUUUUGGCAUUAAAGUCAUUAGUUUAAAAAAAGUAUAUAUAUACAUAUAUAUAAUAUAAAUGGUUUAAUGUUCUGUGGUGUAUAUUUCCUCAUUCAGAUAUGAAGUUAACAGCUUUUAGUAAUGGCUGUAGCAUUGCCCAUAACUUACAGAACUUAUGGGGAGUAGAGGAGGUGGAUUUUUGUCAUUAGUUGUAGCUAAUGGGGCUAUUUAUAAUAGAAUCGUUAUCCCCGGAAAGACACAGCUUUUAACUCCUCACCGGGGGCCAGGCAGGAUGGAGGAAUGUGGCUCAGCCCCUUUGCCUUUUCCAGCUGGGGAAGGGGCAAACGGUGUGGAGCCGGAAGGAGGGAGUCAGCUGGAGCCCUGCCUCCUCCUCGGGCUGGGAGUGCCUGCUCAAGGGGUCCGGCUGAUCCCCUCUGCCUCCUCCAAGGCUGUGGCACCUUCCCCUCCCCUGCCCGGCUUUGCUUUCCUCUCCUCCAGGCAGCAUUUGCUGGCUGAGGAUGCCUGGGCUGCUCAGGACAGUGGGGAGGUGGGGAUGGCAGGGGACAGGGUGGUCGUGCUGGUGGCUUUGCCCAGAGAGCUGGGCCAGUUCCCUCACGGGUGUGGCUGCAGUGGGCCCGGUGCUGCCCAGCAGAGCUGUGCAAACCCUGCAGAGCCAGCCCUGCCCUGCACCCACAUCCCGCAGCUCCCACCCUCCUACAGCCUGCAUUUUGCCCAAGAGGUUUUGGCACUAGGGCAGAGAGCUAAGCCAGCCCUGUCUCAUCCACACCACCACCCCCAGAGUGUCCAGCAGAGACAUUUCCAGCUGAAUCCAGAGGUUCCCCACAGCCCCAGCUUCUUCCACACAGUCUCUCAUGCUUGUCCCUGUCUCCCAUAUCCUCAGCCUUAACCAAAGCUGCCAUCUGGCCUGUUCUUUUGUUUUUGUUUCUUUUAUUGUCAGGACCCAAGAAAGAGGUAACGAUCCAUUUCCCAAGACCUCGUGUGCUGAAUUCUCCCAGCUCCACACUGUGCAUCCCUGCCCUAGCUCCCCACAGCCAGAAGACAGGGAGAUGGGGAAGCUCAUCUCCCCUGCUCCUGCAGGGUCUUUCCAAGCAGAUCCCACCUGGCAGCAAAACGUGGCUGGGGCGUUUUAAGACAGUCUGGGAACAGCGGUGGAUGAGGGGUUUGGAACUGGGCCGCUGGGGUAUUUCCAGAGAGGGAAAGGCUGGGGAGGCAGGAUGUGGAGGGCAGGAUGUGUUCCCUGCCCUGAGCUUGGUGCUGUUUUGCAGAGAACAGCUGCUGGCCUUGGCAUCUCCUGAGUGAUUUCAGAAGGAUCCCACUGCAUCCAAAAAAAAAACCCCAAACCAAAUUGAAGGAGCUGUUAUUUGAUAAGCAUCUCAUCAAAAGGUGACAAUUCCUAAUUGAGAUUUUCCCGGGUCUCCAAGCUCAUAGCAGUGUGUGGCCUCUGAGACCAGAGAGCUGCAGCCUCCUCUGCUCAGGGACUUGUACCUGCAGAGCUCCCAGGGACCAGAGGAAGCCGAGGGACCCUGGAGGGUCCUGACCCCAUGAGGAGACUGCAGGCAGGGCCUGCCCAGGGGGCUGUCACUGCUGGGUGACCCUGCACCCAGCAGCACUCGGGCAGGGGAAGGACAGGCACACACAGCUCGGGCUGGGUUUGUGAAGGGAGAAAAACCUGGGGGGGACAUGGCCGAGCUGGGAGUGUGCUGGUGCAGACGUCUCAGAUUUGGACAGAGUGCAGCAGGUGGGUUUGAGAGACAGACAGGAAGGCAGGACAGGGCAGGACAUCCCAAACCAGCCCUUCCUUGGAAAUAGGCCCUGGGAGGGAGCCAGGAUUUCUGGCAGGUGUUGUGGACCAGCCGUGUUCUCUAUGUACGUAUGUGUAAAACCAUAUGUAACUAGUCAUUGUUUUUUGUUUUGGGGGUUAUUUUUUGUUUGGUUUUUUUUUUUGUUUGUUUGUUUAAAUUGUAAAGCCAUCCCCUGUUUUCAAGGGGGGGAGCUGCUGGGGGAAGGCUGGGGAGAGUGGCACCCCGGUUUGUAACAGGCAUCCGCCACUUCCCCUCUUCUGUAAUGAGUUUAAAUGAUUUAAAAAAAAAAAAAAAACCUGAAAUAUCAGAGUUACCUAUCUUUGCCCAAAGAAUCCCAGUUGCACAAAGCGAUAUUCUGGUGUGUCGAUGAUUGUGUGUCAGUGUAUAUUAUACAAAGAGGUACUUGUCACUCCCGUUUGUAAACUACAUUUGACAUUAAUUAAACAAGUAUAAAUCUU